AUGCCCAUGCUGCUGGACAUCCAACGGAAGUUCUUCUCGCGCUCGGAGCGUGUGAAGUCCGUCGACUUCCACCCUACCGAGCCGUGGCUGCUGGCUGGGCUGUACAAUGGUACCGUGUUCAUUUGGAACUACGAGACGAGCGCGGUGGUCAAGACCUUCGAGGUAGCCGACGUGCCUGUGCGCUGCGUGCGCUUUAUUGCGCGCAAGAACUGGUUUCUUGCCGGCUCGGACGACUACUACCUGAGGUGCUACAACUACAACACGCACGAAAAGGUCAUUGCGUUCGAGGCACAUCCGGACUAUGUUCGCAGCAUUGCCGUGCACGCGACGCACCCGUACGUGCUCACCGGCGGUGACGACAUGACUGUCAAGCUCUGGGACUGGGACAAGAACUGGCGCCUGAUGCAGACCUUUGAGGGACACACGCACUUUAUCAUGAACCUGUGCUUCAACCCGAAGGACUCGAAUUCGUUCGCCUCCGCCUCGCUCGAUCGCACCGUCAAGGUCUGGACGCUCGGCGCGAGCCAGGCCAACUUUACCCUCGAGGCGCACGAGAAGGGCGUGAACUACGUGGACUACUACCACGGCAGCGACAAGCCCUAUAUGAUCACGACCGGCGACGACAAGACCGUCAAGAUCUGGGACUAUCUCUCCAAGUCGUGCGUGCAGACGCUCUCGGGCCACUCGUCGAUCGUGUCGUUCGCCAUCUUCCACCCCUCGCUCCCGCUGAUCAUCUCGGGCUCGGAGGACGGGACGGUGAAGCUGUGGCACGCUAAUACCUACCGCCUCGAGUCGACGCUCGACUACGCGCUCGAGCGCGUCUGGUGCAUUGCUUACCAAAAGAACAAGAACGAUAUCGCGCUGGGCUACGACGAGGGCGCAGUCGUCGUCAAGCUCGGCAAGGAGGAGCCGAGCGUGAGCAUGGACGUCAGCGGCAAGGUCGUCUGGGCACGCAACGCCGAGGUCCUCAGCACGAACCUCGCGACACUCACCGACCAGGAGCUCGUCGACGGCGAGCGCAUCCGCAUCCAGACGCGCGAGAUGGGCAACACGGAAAUCUUCCCCCAGCUCCUGCAGCACUCGCCGAACGGCCGCUUUGUGACGGUGUGCGGCGACGGCGAAUAUACGAUCUACACCGCGCUGGCGUGGCGCAACAAGGCAUUUGGCGCCGCGCUCGGCUUUGCGUGGGCCGCCGACUCCAACACGUACGCGAUCCGCGAGAACUCGACGACGCGCGUGCGCCUGUUUAAAAACUUCAAGGAGCAGUCCGGCCUGGUCCUGGUCAACUACGUCGUGGAGGGCAUUGCGGGCGGCGCGCUCUUGGCCGUGAUUGGCGUUGGGUUCGUGUGCUUCUACGACUGGAAUACGGGCGCAAUGGUGCGCCGCAUCAACGUCGAGGCGCGCCAGGUGCUCUGGUCGCAGACGAAUCAGCUCGUGGCAAUCGCGACCGACGACUCGUACUACGUCCUGCGCUUCAACCGCGAGGCGUACGACGAGUACGCCGCGAGCGGCAUGGCGUCGGACGACGACGGCUUUGAGGACGCGUUCGAAGUCCUCGCCGAGGUGUCCGAGACCGUGCGCACCGGAAAGUGGACCGGCGAGUGCUUUGUGUACACCAAUGCGGCGAACCGCCUGCAGUACUUUAUCGGCGAGCAGGCGUACACCAUCCGCCCGCUCGACCACGAGCUGUACGUGCUCGGGUACCUGCCCCAGCUGAGCCGCGUGUUUGCCGCAGACAAGGAUCUGAACGUCUACUCGUUUGCGCUCUCGCUCGCUGUGAUUGAGUACCAGACCGCCAUCUUGCAGCAGGACUUUGCGCACGCCGCCGAGCUCCUGCCGACGAUUCCCGCGCAGCAGCGCAACAAGGUGGCCAAGUUCCUAGAGGCACAGGAGAUGCACGACCUCGCGCUCGACGUCGCUGUCGACGCCGACCACAAGUUCGACCUCGCCGUGUCGCUCGACAAGUUUGACGUGGCGCUUGAGAUCGCACGCACGGCGCCGGCGUCGGGCGCCGAGACGCGCUGGCGCACGAUUGGCGACCGCGCCCUCGCGCGCUGGAACGUGGCGUUGGCGCAAGAGUGCUUCGAGAUGGCGAACGACGUGCACUCGCUCCUGCUCAUUGCGACCGCCAAGAAGGACGCCGCGCUUCUGCGGGACGUCGGCCAGAAGGCGCGCGCCAAGGGCGACAUGAACCUCGCUUUUGCCGCCUUCCUUCAGGUCCAGGACGUGGCGCAGUGCAUCGAGAUCCUGAAGGAGACGAAGCGCUUUGCCGAGGCGGCGCUCUUUGCCCGCACCUACGCCCCGAGCCAGGUUCCGGCGCUGGUCCAGAGCUGGAAGCAGGAGUUUGAGGUGCAGCCGAGCCAGAAGCAGCAGCAGAUGGGCGCACGCAUCGGCGACCCGAGCCUCGACCCGGCGCUCUUCCCCGAGGGCUGGGACGCGACGCUCGCCCGCGAGGCGAGCCUGCGCCCGCAGGCCAACCUGCUCGACUAG